UUUUUGUCGACCCUCGUCGCUUUCUGCGACGCCCAAUUUCACACUUUCACCUGGAAAAAGCUCAAAGUCCGAAACUUCUUUUUCUUCUUCACAUGCAACAGCAAUGGGAAACCUCUGCGCCUGCUUCUCUCCCAAGAAGGUGAAGAAGAAGCCUUCCAAGCGCUUCUCCAACCCUCCCGCGGCUGCCGGCUCCAGCUCCCGAUGGCCUCGAGUUCGAUCCUCGCGAAAGGACAAACUUGAUGAUGCUUUGAUUCAGGAGCAGGCUCUCGCCGCGGCGAUCCUCUUCCAGCGCCAUCAGCACAACGGCUCUCUGCCGUUUGAUCGCUCCGCUUCCCUCAGGUACCCCGCGCCUGCAGUCUCCAAGAAGCAUUCUUUGCCUCGGAGUUCGAGUUCCAGAGCGCGGUCGCUCACUGAUCCUCUUCUCCAGCCUCAUCAGCUCGUUAAUCAGAAUCUAAAUCUGGAUGACUUAGAGACCAGCCAUUUUGUCCUUGUACAUGGGGGUGGUUUUGGUGCCUGGUGUUGGUAUAAAACCAUAGCACUUCUUGAAGAAGGUGGAUUCAAAGUUACUGCCAUUGACCUAACUGGUUCUGGAAUAAAUUCGUUCGAUACAAAUGGCAUUACGAGUCUUUCACAGUAUGUGAGGCCGCUCACCGAUUUUCUUGAAAGACUAGCUGAUGGGGAGAAGGUCAUUUUGGUGGGACAUGAUUUUGGUGGUACAUGUAUAUCUUAUGCAAUGGAGUUGUUUCCUUUCAAGAUUUCAAAAGCUGUUUUUAUUGCUGCAGCAAUGUUAUCCAAUGAGCAAAGUACUCUUGACAUGUUUUCCCAACAGGCAGGUUCAAAUGAUUUGAUGAGGCAGGCUCAGUUAUUUUUGUAUGCAAAUGGGAAUGAUCAUCCUCCAACCGCAAUUGAUCUUGAUAAAUCAUUGCUAAGGGACUUGCUAUUCAACCAAAGUCCUUCCAAGGAUGUUGCAUUGGCAUCUGUUUCGAUGAGGCCAGUCCCCUUUGCUCCUGUUUUGGAGAAACUCGCCCUCUCCGACAUAAACUAUGGCUCAAUCAGGCGGUUUUACAUAGAAACUAUGGAGGAUAAUGCGAUCCCCAUAGCCCUACAAGAGAGCAUGGUAAAUGCUAAACCUCCAGAGCAGGUUUUCCGUCUGAAGGGUGCUGAUCACUCCCCAUUUUUCUCAAAACCUCAAGCCUUACACAAGCAAUUGGUAGAGAUCUCAAAGCUCCCCUCGACUUAAAAAGAGUUUGGGAGCUGGAUGGUUUUUGAGCAACUCACCUUCCCCCCUCCCUCAAGAUCUUAGCUGACAUACAGUAUACGAACUAAUAACACCAAUGGUGGCAGAGACAUAUCUCUAGUUGCACUUCUGGCAUGGAUCAUGAUGGAUGGUGUACAUGCAGAUUAUUUUUUGUAGUUCUUAAAAUCCCAUAAAAAAAUCUCAGGUGUUGACUCAAGAAUGAUGUUUAUUUCUUUUCUUUUCCUUUUUUCUUUUUUCCUUUCGGGAUGUUAUUUAUUGUAUCUAUAAAGAGAAGCUUCUUCAAUAAUUUCCUCUGCUCUUUUGUUAAAGAUCAAUUGUAAUUUUUGUUCAAUUAUAACUGUGUUGCCAAAAAUUUCAAAGUUAUGGGUUUGAAGAAGGCACACCUGAGUGGUUGCUUUGGUUGCAAUCUAAGGGUCUGUUUGACAU